GCGCGCUCCGGCGCCGCGCCCGGCCGGGAGCCGCCUGUUGAUCGCCGCGCUCGCCCCGGCCGCGGCGCCGCCCCAGCUCGCCCGACCCCGCUAGCUCGGGGCUGACGGACGGACCGCCCGCGCCGCCGGCUCCGGGAUGGGCGCACGGACGGUACUCUGAAGUCUCAGGACGUUGGCCCAUUUAAAUGUGCAUGACCCAUGAGAAAGGUCUAUAAGAAGCCAUGGCACUCCCCUUUCAAAAAGAGCUGGAGAAAUACAAGAACAUUGAUGAAGAUGAGCUGCUUGGAAAACUCUCAGAAGAGGAACUGAAGCAGUUGGAAAAUGUUCUGGAUGACCUAGAUCCUGAGAGUGCGAUGCUGCCAGCUGGAUUCCGACAGAAAGACCAGACACAGAAAGCAGCCACUGGCCCGUUUGACCGCGAGCACCUCCUCAUGUACCUGGAGAAGGAGGCUUUGGAACAGAAAGACAGGGAGGACUUUGUGCCCUUCACUGGAGAGAAAAAAGGGAGAGUCUUUAUACCCAAAGAAAAGCCCGUAGAAACGCGUAAAGAAGAAAAGGUGACCCUUGAUCCGGAACUGGAAGAAGCUUUGGCCAGCGCCUCUGACACUGAACUCUACGACCUUGCAGCUGUCCUUGGAGUACACAAUUUACUCAACAAUCCAAAGUUCGAUGAAGAAACAGCCAACAGUAAAGGUGGCAAAGGGCCUGUAAGAAAUGUGGUCAAAGGUGAAAAGGUAAAGCCAAUAUUUGAGGAACCACCCAAUCCCACAAAUGUGGAAAUAAGUCUGCAGCAGAUGAAAGCCAACGAUCCCAGCCUGCAAGAAGUCAACCUCAACAACAUUAAGAACAUUCCAAUUCCAACUCUGAAGGAAUUUGCAAAAGCUCUAGAGACCAACACUCAUGUAAAAAAGUUCAGCCUGGCUGCAACCCGCAGCAAUGACCCUGUGGCCAUUGCUUUUGCAGAUAUGCUGAAAGUAAAUAAGACCUUGAAAAGUCUAAACAUAGAAUCCAAUUUUAUCACUGGAACUGGGAUCCUGGCCCUGGUAGAGGCACUGAAAGAAAAUGACACCUUGACAGAGAUCAAGAUCGACAACCAGAGGCAGCAGUUGGGAACAGCUGUAGAGAUGGAAAUUGCCCAGAUGCUGGAGGAGAAUUCAAGGAUCCUCAAGUUUGGAUAUCAGUUUACCAAGCAAGGGCCACGAACAAGGGUGGCAGCUGCCAUCACAAAGAACAAUGACUUGGUUCGUAAGAAGAGAGUUGAAGGAGACCGAAGGUAAACUUCUGCAAGAAGAAACGAAGUUUCACCACGUGGUGGCCAUUUACAAACAAGCAAACAAAAACUCUCCUUCCCCGUGGGGACCAUAUUAUCAAAGGUCGUUCAUUUCCGUUCACCACACAACUAAUAAUUUAAUUGUCAUUCUUUUUUAGCACUACUUAUUUAUCUUGGAUUUUUUAAUAUAUACAAUUGUUUUAUUUGCUCGUGGGCACCUCUGGCAACUUGACAUGUGGACUGAUGCGGAUCUGAGAGAGUGACAACAAUCGAAAAUGGUUUUAACCACUUUC